GUCACACUGACGAUCUUUGAGUCGCUGGCAGUGAUUGGUUCGAUGUCUCUUCGGGAAGCUUCACUUGACGGACCGCUCUCGUUUGUGGGAAAGAACUUUCGGAGGAGACACGUUUUAAGACCAUUUUUUGUUGAAAAGCGCGUCAGCGAUGGCAGAGGCCCACCAGGCAGUGGCGUUUCAGUUCACCAUAACACCAGAGGGCAUUGACUUGCAGCUGUCCUAUCAGGCCCUAAACCAAAUCUACCUGUCCGGAGUGCGUUCAUGGAAGAAACGCGUCAGUCGUAUGCGGAACAGGCUGAUUAAAGGAGUGUACCCAGUCAGCCCUUCCUCUUGGCUAUUUGUUGUCAUAGCAAUUCUGGUCACCAUGUAUAUGCACUCAGAUCCCAGCAUGGGGCUCAUCGCCAAGAUACAGCAACACCUGCCACUAAGUCUUCACUCCUCUCUCAGUUCUCAGGGUCAGAAUAUUGUGUCCGCACUGGCGUUCAGUACUCUGCUGUGGCUCUCCCUCAUCCUCGUUCUCAGGAUGUGCCUAAAGCUCCUGCUUUCCUACCACCAAUGGAUGUUUGAGAAGCACGGCAGAAUUUCCAACAUGACCAAAGUCUGGGUUACUUUAGUGAGGUUGUUAUCAAGCAGGAAACCUCUGUUAUACAGCUACCAGACCUCUCUGCCGCAUCUUCCUGUUCCCGCGAUCAAAGACACAUUGAGAAGGUACCUAGAGUCAGUGCGCCCUCUGUUGACUGAUGAAGACUUUAAACGGAUGACAGAACUGGCUGAAAAAUUUGAGUCUAACCUGGGAAACCGUCUCCAACGCUACCUGAAGCUCAAAGCUCUGUGGGCUACCAACUAUGUGAGUGAUUGGUGGGAGGAAUACAUAUACCUGAGAAGCCGAAGUCCUAUCAUGGUCAACAGUAACUAUUAUGGCAUGGACUUUCUGUAUGUGACCCCAACCCCAGUGCAGGCAGCCAGGGCUGGAAACACAAUUACCGCCCUGCUGCUCUACCGUCGAAAACUCAAUCGGGAAGAACUGAAUCCAAGUCGUGUUCCAGGCACAGUAAUUCCUCUGUGUGCUGCUCAGUGUGAGAGAAUGUUCAACACAACACGAACUCCAGGAGAUGAAUCUGAUGUUCUACAGCAUUGGCAGGAUAGUGAGUUUGUAGCAGUGUAUCACAAAGGUCGCUAUUUCCGCCUUUGGGUGUACCAUGCAGGCCGUCUUCUGUCGCCAAGAGAGAUUGAGUACCAGAUCCAGAGGAUCUUGGAUGACAUAUCACCGUCACAACCUGGAGAGCAUAACCUUGGAGCCCUCACUGCUGGUGACAGGAUUCCUUGGUCUCGCAUGAGGAAGCAGUACUUCAGCUCUGGCGUCAACAAGAGAUCGCUGGAUGCCAUUGAGAAGGCAGCAUUUUUUGUUACAUUGGACGAUGAAGACAAGGGCAUGAAGGGAGAUGACCCAACAGGAAACUUGGAUCGCUACGCCAAAUCUCUGCUGCAUGGAAAAUGUUACGAUAGAUGGUUUGAUAAAUCCUUCUCUAUUGUGAUCUUCAAGAAUGGGAAGAAUGGACUAAAUGCAGAGCACUCCUGGGCUGAUGCACCAACUGUGGCUCACCUAUGGGAGUACACUCUGGCCACAGAUGCCUUUCACCUUGGCUAUACUGAGGAUGGUCACUGCAAGGGCGAGGUGGAUCGCUCCCUACCCCAACCCCAGAGGCUUUGCUGGGACAUCCCUUCAGAGGUGCAGACUCAAGUGAGCAGCUCUCUAGCUGUUGCUCAGGCGCUGGCAGAUGACGUUGACUGCUACGUGUUCCCUUUUCGGGAUUUUGGAAAAGGACAGAUCAAGAAGCUUCGCGUCAGCCCGGAUGCAUUUAUACAGAUUGGCUUACAGCUAGCAUACUACAGGGACCGUGGCGGUUUCUGUCUCACCUAUGAGGCUUCAAUGACUCGUCUGUUUAGGGAAGGCCGGACAGAGACUGUGCGAUCCUGCUCCAGUGAAAGCUCUGCCUUUGUCAAAGGUGUAGAAAAUGGAGAGACAGAGGAACAAUGCCGGUGUCUUUUUCGAUUGGCUUCAGACAGACACCAGACACUUUAUCGAAUGGCUAUGACUGGAGCUGGAAUUGAUAGACACCUGUUCUGCCUGUAUGUGGUCUCUAAAUACCUAGGGAUUGAGUCGCCCUUCCUUAAAGAGGUUUUGUCGGAGCCUUGGCGCCUUUCCACCAGUCAGACACCAGUUCAACAGAUGGAGCUGUUUGACCUGAAGAACCACCCAGACUUCAUAUCGCUUGGUGGAGGGUUUGGACCUGUUGCUGAUGAUGGUUAUGGGGUUUCGUACAUCAUAGUGGGUGAAGAUAUGAUCAACUUCCAUGUAUCAUCCAAACACUCCUGCAGCGAGACUGAUUCCCACAGGUUUGGUGCUCAGAUAAGUAAAGCUCUCCAAGACAUCAUGCAUCUCCUCUCUGCUGAUUGUAAAACCCUGUCUUCCUCCAUAGGCUGUGUUGGACAUGGUUCAACUCAAACUGAGCCAAAAAAACGUCUUUGAUUACACAUAAAAGUGUCUCAUUGUGUUAACGACUGUAUCUGUCAUGAUGCCAGAUCUAAAACACUUUACUUCCCCCCAUUUGAAGCAACAUAGUACUGCAGCUACAGAAAGAAAGGUUUUAAAAAGCUAGACAAAUGCUAUGGUUUGCAUUUUUCAUCAUAUAUCACAUAUAUAUAUCAUAUAUAUAUAUAUAUAAUAUAUAUAUAUAUAUAUAUAUAUAUAUAUAUAUAUAUAUAUAUAUAUAUAUAUAUAUAUAUAUAUAUAUAUAUAUAUAUAUAUAUAUAUAUAUAUAUAUAUAUAUAUAUACAUACAUACACAUACAUGUUUCAUUCAAGUGGUGCUUUGUUACACUACUGUGUUGUUUAUCUAUUAGUUUUGUCAUUGGUGGUUAAAAUCAAGAAAAACCUGUAUUUAGCUCCUUAAACAUUUAAAUGUGCUCUCGGUUUUUGGGAUGCAUUUUUGUGUAAUGCAUUGCUACUGUUCAUCAAGAUGAAACGUCUGUAAUGUAGAUUCUGUAAAGAAAUUUCAAAAAAUGGUGGUUGUAUGUUAAAUAAAAUAGUGGCAUUACUUUG